AUGGCUGAAAGCAACAUCCAACACGUACUUAUCAUCGGAGGUGGCCCGGUAGGCCUUUUGCUCGCUGGUCUUCUUCACGAUCAAAGUGUACUUGUUAGUGUUAUUGAAAAACGACCAGACAGGAUACGAACACGAUGUGUUAAAUUAUUAGGACGGAUUCUAUCAUACAAUACAAUCUUGGAUGAUAUAUAUUUAUUUUCAGACAGCCAAAUUGAAGAACGACAAAAAGCUAUCGAAUCUAUAAAACCGCAACUUUUUGACACGAUUGCUAAUUGGCUCGACGUAGUUUCACCGCUUAAGCAGGUUGAGGAGACACUUUUAGAGUACUAUGACUUAGCUAACGGUGAAAUUCUUAUUGGUGAGAAAUAUGACUUUAGUGGUAAUUUGGAUGUGCUUGAUCAUCAUCCAAAUACAAUUGUAGUCGAUUGUACAGGUUAUCAUUCUGUAUUAUUUAAUCAUAUUUCACCAAAUAAUCGUAUUAAUCGUAUUAAUCGAAUGAUUGAAUAUGUUUUAAUAUGUACAUUUAUAUAUGAAGAUAAAUAUGUAUGCAAUGAGUUAUGUAAAUAUAAUAAGAAUUGUAAUACAAAAAAAUUUCAAAUCAUUCCAGCAGUCGAUGAUACUUAUUCGACAACUGAGAGAAAAACACAUAUUACAUGUUUAAUUACAAUCGAGACACAACUGUAUGAACAAUUGUCGAAGAUAAAACCUAUAAAAUAUGAUUAUUUAAAAGAAAAUCAAAAUGAAAUCUAUGAUGACAGUUUUUAA